AUGGUAGAAACGGUAGAAGCAGCGGUUGGUCACUAUAACAGUCACUUUCUGAAUAACAACGACCUCAACAACGUUGAAGAAGAAACCGACCAAGAAAUGACGCCUCGUGCUUUCUCGACGUCACCACCACCUUCGAGCACCGCCACACCAUUAUCAUUUACUAGCUGCAAUGGUUUCGGUAUGGAACCACCGCAAAGUUAUACGCGACAUGUCGUCGGACAAGUUGUCUCGCGCGAAACUGUCACAACAAUAUACGGGGAUCCACCACAAAAUUAUUGGCAUCAACAUCAGCGACAACCAGGACAAACAUGCUACGUUUGUCGUUGCUCAAUUAGUGUUGCGGCAGCGCCAGAAACUUUGAUCCAUUGUUCCUCAAACAAUUGCAAUAUCUGGGCACAUCAAGAUUGCAUGCUACGAUAUGGUCUACUCCACGGUAUUAAUAACCACCAAACAUGGUUUUGCGUCAGAUGUAAAUCCAUUGAAGACGUCCGUCGUCUACCACCAAUUGAACGAGUCUUCGAAGAACCAGUGUCCGCCACAACUUCUCCACACCGAGUAGUGACCGCAACAGCCAGCAGUACUCCGUCUUCCUCACAUUUGCAAGCAUUCAAAGGGUUCUCACAUUCUUCAUUGCCACCAAUCAUAACACCAACACCACCAUCAACUAAUUGCAGUGCGGGUAAUGAGAGGCGUGUAAACCCUUUGCAUUUACUAUUGGCAGCUUCGGACCAGAUAGAAAGCACCGACCCUUUACCUUCUAUCUCUUCAUUUCCAAGACACCAAGAGUACAUUAAACAACAACAGCAACAGCAGCAGGCUUCAUAUUCAUCCCCAAUCUAUUCACGAGAAAAUUAUCACUCUUAUAAAUAUUCCGGAAUAAAUAACAUACAAUUCUAUUCGCCUGCGCCUGCUGUCGUUCCUUCAACCUCGGAGAAAUCAAUUACAAGAGGAAACACUAAUAUUUAUAUCAACAACAAUAAUAAAGGCAAAAAAUCUAUGAGUCACAACAACAGCAAUGUGGAUAUAAUGAAAAAAUUCGAGAGAGAAUAUUCGGCUUAUGACCAAGAGCGCAUCCUCAAAAUACGACAUCUAAAGCGUUCAAGAUCACGUCAAUCACAAGUCCUUGGCGCAUUAAACGAGUCACUGAACAAAUACUUACUAGAGCAAUCAAGGGUAGUCACGACCUACAAUACCCUGCACGAAAAUAACCAACGGCUUAAUACCGCACUGAAAAAGCUAAAAUCUGCUCUAGUCGCUCUGGCGAAAGAGAAACCGGUAUUACGCGUCUUACGGAAGAUUAGCAGGAAUGAUAAUCUCCAAGAAAAAGAUUUAGACGAAGAGCGUGUAGUGAAUUUGUUUAUGCAGAUUGGGCCGCAAUAUAAACUUGAAUACGAGGAUGGAAUGAAUAUGGACGAUGCUUCGUCGAAUUCUAGUUAUCGCACACCCGAUUUAUCGCCAACAUCUUCAGUCUCAUCUUCUGGCUCAAUGGAAAACUACCCUUCUUACAUAUCGUGUUACAAAUGCGAACGGCAGCUGAACGACAAUUUCAUCACUUGCACACAGUGUCGCCAACAUUUCCAUAUACAUUGUUUCCGAGCCUCCAAGGAAUCAUUGACUGGCUCAAACAUGUGUGCCAUUUGUUCUCCUAGUCACCUUUCCUCGUCAACGACUAAGCGUAAGAAUGCUGAGCAGGAUGCUCCCUCAACACCUGCAUUACGUUCCGGCAAAAAACGUCAAAAAGUUGCAAAAACACGUCGCCAACAAGCAAAAACAAAUGUCACGUCCAGUGGUGAUGCUGAAGAAAAUAAUCACCCCACGGAAGAAGGUGUCGAAGAGAACUCGUAUGACAAUCAUAGUAAUGUCGUUGAAAGUCACGACACAAGAAGAGACUACGAUAAUCUCUCGAUUAAUGAAAGUUUCGACAACAAUGCAUCAUCACCUCUUUCGGCGACACCAUCAAGCACGAUAUCGACAGAUUACGGCCCAGAUGCUACCCGACAGCCAGCAAGGUUCGAAGGUGACAUGUAUACUCCUCGUUGGGUACGUGGGGUUGGAAAAUCGAAGGAAGGACUGUGCCCUCAUUGUAACCCUCCUCGUUGGCUAAAGACAAAAAUUUCGGCUUAUUGGUAUCACCUAAACUAUCAACAUGGAAUCUCAUCGAUAACGGGUCGACCAUUCGCUGCACCACUGCAAGAGCGUGAGAAUAAAAAAUCGGGUAUGAAAGAAGCAUUAUGUCAUAAUUGCAAUAAAUGGAUAUUGAAUCAGUCGCCGAGGGAUAAAGAAGUUUUGGUGCCAGAGAUCUACUGGUAA